ACACCACCGACGGCACCGCGACUCCACUCUGCUCAACCGGCCGCCCUCUACGGCCGCCGCGCGCCCCGCGUUUAGCCCGUACCCAAAUAGAUAACCCAUAAUAGUAAUUAUCGUCAUUAUUAGUAGUGUCCGUUGCCGUGUCCGUCCCGCCGCCGCUUUUCCGUCCCGUUUCCUCCUGGGACACUGAUAACGCGCGUCCCGACCGAAUCGUUUUUUUUGAAUGAAGAACGUACGUCAAGAAACUGUGUCUCGUUACCAGAGAUCACUCGAAGUCUGUACAGGAGUCAUUCAGAUAUCUUACCAAAGGCGACUAAUACUGGUGGUCUAAGCUUACGAAAGCGUAGCCGGAUCAUCAUCUCCAAUUUCGAUGGGUUGAGAAGAAUAACAACGGAGUUUCCAGAGCCUGGCAAGCCUAUUUCAAUAGACGGUUCAAGGGCCGAAGGAGACACAUAUUGGACAUAAUUUUUUUCGAACGUGGCAGGAAGAGGGAUAUUGACUUUUAUCAGUUGGACGAGUACUGCAAGGUUUGAACCUUAGCCAAAUUCUGACGAAUUGAAACAGCAAUUGGCAAACGAUUAUAUACCGCAAUGUUGAAAGUCGUAGGAGCGUCGUGGGCUCAAACGCAACUGUCGUGGUGUUUGAUCGUCACAAUCACCAUGUUGGGCUUGUUGGCGUUCUAUUUCGGUGGCUCGAUCAGGGAUGAAAACGACGGCAACUAUGCGGCCACGGUGUUUUGGACUAGAGAAGCCGGAAUGCGCAUUAGUUUUUGGGGGCAAAACAACAAUCCCGAGAAAAUCCGAAAGGGCGUGGCCCGAGCAUACUACAGGCCGGGUUUAUUUGAAAAUGGAUGGGCCGUUUUAGAAAUCGAGACGCAACAUAACUAUCCAGACACAGUGCAAGCUAUGGCCGCCGGCUAUUUGGAGGGUAGCCUGUCGUGGCAGAUGAUUCAUUGGCAUUGGCAGAACACGGUGGAGAACACGUGCGUCGGACGAAAGCGGUUUUGUGAGAGGACCAGGAAGUUUUUAGAGGAAAACACCAAAGAAGUGAAGAGGUUGGCCGAGAAACACGACCAAGACCCAUUUUGGCAUCAGGUCAAUUUGUUCUACACUCAAUUGAAAGCUCUGGAAGAAGGUUGGCGACAGGGGGUGAAGAGGAGCCGUCAGGAUAUCGACAUACCUUCCAUAGACUUCUUAUGGAUGAACAUUGUGCCGGACCUGAAGGACUUCGAAAGGAAAUUGAACAGUUCAAAAGACUUGAAUCCCGACAGACCGGCUUUGUCCGUGGCGCUGCUGAAAAUCACCGACGUCGAUCCGUUCGACUACGUGUUGGCAUCGUCGGCGUCCGGAUAUUACGGGUCCAUGUUGCGGAUUAAAAAGCGAUACGAUUUCGGUUAUCGAAUCAAAGGCAACGAAAACAGCCCAGUGGUCAAUGGCAAGAUAAUCGAGUUCACGUCGUAUCCGGGAACGAUAUUUUCGCAGGACGACUUUUACAGGAUAACCCAGACCAUGUCCAACACUGAAUCCACCGUGGUGGGCACGCAGAUCCAGAACAACAACAGAGUGCUAUGGGAAAAGAUCAUGAAGCCGGAACAAGUAUUGAUGGGAGCCAGGGUUAUGGCGGCCAACCGGUUGGCAGUGGACGGCAAGACCUGGAGCGAGAUAUUCACGGCCAGAAACAGCGGUACCGGUAACAAACAGUGGCUGGUGCUCAACUCGAACAACGUGUCGACCGAAUUUUGGGUGGUCGAACAGCUGCCUGACUUCACUUGCUCCGAGGACAUGACGCAAGAACUUUUGUCCAAAGGCUACUGGGUCAGCAGCAGUUAUCCCUAUCAUCCGGAAAUCUUGCGGCUCAGCAACAACGAGAGGGACAACGAGAGCCCAGACCAUCCGGUGGCCAACGUGCUGCACCGCGGCCAACAGAACGUGACGGACGUCCAGUCGAUGGUGGACCUGAUGCGCGGGCCGGACAUGUCGUUGAUCGGCCGCAGCGACCUGCUGGGCAUCAAGACCAACACAAUGUUCCGGCACUUUUGGAACCAGUCGAUCGUCCGGCAGUGGGCCGCGGCGUCGGCGGCGGUGGUGGCUGCGGACGACAACCGGCUGCGGCGGCGGCCGGAAGCCGAGACGCGGCUCAAGCGCGGCCGGACCACCAUCAUCGUGGACGCCGAACUGCCCGCCGCCGCGCCGGUGGCCGUCGACAAGAACUUCGCCGGCAUCGUCGACCUCAAGGUGGCCGCCGCCCGGACGCGCGGCUUCCUGGCGGCCGCCGGUCCGCCGUUCACCGCUGACCGAACCAAAGUAGAACCGUUCCGGUGGUCCGACAGCCCUAUUAGACACCUGCCGCACCACGGACACCCGGACGUGUGGGCCUACGAUCUGGCAGACACCGAGUGGGCGUGGUCCGGCGGACCGGCGGACACAGACGAUUGAGGACGCGCGUCCUGCCUAUUUUUUCUUUUUUUUUCAUCUAAAAAAACAUCACAAAAUAUAUUUUUAAGUUCGUUUUUUUUAAACCGAAAAAAAUCAGUUUUUUAAUAAUUUUCGAAAUCGCCAAAAUUUAUUGUCGUGUAAUGAUAAUAAUAUUAUUAAAUAAUUAUUUUUGCGAAUUAUAAUAAUAUUAUUAGGAAUAGAUAAUUAAUUAGAUCAACUCAUUGCUGCUGUUAUUGUACUCGACCGAAAUGUAGGUGAUUUUUUUUUUUUUACACAAGUCUUUAUAAACGUGAUACUAGGGUAUGGAAUUUUUUUAGCUAAUAAAAAAAAACUAAUUUUAAUCGCUUAAUUUGAAAAUUAGUUUAUUGAUUAUUUGACGAUAAAUACAUAAUAUUAUAUCUCUUGACCUAUAUCGUAUAGUAUCACGUCUAUAUAUUUGGAAUAAUAAUAUUGUUCUUUUUCGAAAAAAAAGAAAAAAAUCUUAUAUCUUUAUUUUAAAUACAUGUUUUUUUUAACCAUA